AGGAGGACGACAGACCUAUGGAACAGACAGAUCGCAGACCGUAGAAGAAGAGUCACCUCCAGUGUUUGUGUUUGACUCUUUAAAACUUUAUAAAAACUUUUAUUAAAACUGUUAAUUAACUGUUAUUAAAUCGCCGGAAGCAGAGGAAUCGAGCGGAGCUUCUUGCGGGUCAGAACCGGAACAGAGCAGCGGAACUCGAUUAAAUGUUUCUCCUGAGACGAUGUGGCGCUCUGCAGCCUUGUGUUUCCAGACUGCUCUCUUCUUUACCCACUCUGACUCUGUUCACUAAGGACCCGUGUCCUCUGUGUGACGACGCUAAAGAAGAGCUGGAAGCCUUCAGACACAGAUUUAUCCUGCAGCAGGUAGACAUCAGUCUCCCAGAGAACAGUGUGUGGUGGGACAGGUACAGGUGGGACAUACCUGUCUUCCACCUGGAUGGACAGUUUGUGAUGAAGCACCGCGUGGACGUUGUCCUGCUGGACAAUCUGCUGCAGGACGCCGAGACCAAGACGCCGUGAGGACAGUUUGUGAUUGGAAAUGGUUGAUAAUGAAAUAAAGUGAGCUGAUCAAUAACUGUGUCUCCUGG